AAUAUUUGAUGAAUGCUCUGACUGGAGGAAGCCAGCCCCUAUUUUAGGGUUCAUGAAAGAAGAGGGUUUUAGGCCUUUGAAAAAGUUUGAAAACUGGUGGGUUGAUUUCCUAUGCAGAACAGGUAAUGUAAAUGCUACCCUCCUCUUCUUUGGUUUCAAUUUCGUCAAUGUCUAGUUUAAUCUUCAGAAAUUUACACCAUUUGAGGUCUUGUGUUAGAGCUUUUUCACCAACCCACCGCAAUCUCCAUUUCCUUCAAAUCCAUCCAUUUUCAUCAUCAUCACUCAAAACUACUCCAAAUCAACACUCAUUCAUAGUGAAUUACCUCAUAAACUCAUGUGGGUUUCCUCUAGAAAAGGCUCUCUCAGCAUCGAAGUACGUCAAUUUUGAAAUCCCAGACAAGCCUGACUCUGUCCUCGCAUUCUUCGAGAACCACGGCUUCACCAAAACCCAGAUCUCAAUUCUCGUCAGGAAGUUCCCUCCGGUGAUCGUAUGUGAUCCGGAGAAAACCCUUUUGCCCAAACUCGAGUUUUUCAAAUCUAAAGGCGUUUCGAGCACUGAUGUUGCCAAAAUACUAUCUUCAUCGCCAACUGUUCUGAAAAGAAGCUUGGAAAACCAUGUCAUCCCAUCUUUCAAUUUCUUAAAAAAAAUUAUGGGAUCUGAAGAGGCGACCAUAUCUGCUAUUAAACGCUUUGGCAGGCUUCUUUUGCUUGAUCUUCGAGUUUGCGUGGCACCCAACAUUGAAUUUCUGCGAGAAGCCGGCGUGCCAAAUGAGAAUAUUAUGGUCUUGUUGAAGUACCAACCUAGAGUAUUCAUGACAAACAGCGCUAGGUUUAGAGAGGUUGUGAAGGAGGUGAAGGAAAUGGGCUUUAAUCCUCUUAGGACGAAGUUUGUGAUAGCAGUUCAUGCUUUUAGGGCGAUGAGUAAAUCGACAUGGGUGAAGAAGGUUGAGGUUUUUAAGAAAUGGGGUUUGUCUGAGGACGAUAUUCUUGUUGCUUUUGGGAAGCAUCCGUGGUGUAUGAUGGCGUCUGAGCAUAAAAUCGCUGGAGUGAUGAAUUUUUUUGUCAAUAAAAUGGGUUGGGAGUCCUCACUUGUUGCAAGAAGGCCAGGACUUGUUUCGCUGAGCUUAGAGAAGAGGAUUAUUCCAAGGUGUGAAGUUUAUAAAGUGUUGUUGUCGAAGGGCUUGAUUAAAGACACGGAUAUUAGCUUGACAACAAUGCUGGAGUAUCCUGAAAACUUGUUCCUAAAUAGGGUUUUGUACCGUCACAAAGAAGAAGCUCCUAAGCUAUUGAAAUUGUACAAGGAAAAGUUGGCUCUUGCACAAUAAUUAGGAUAUAGGUGGCAGAUGAGUGGCGCCAAAACUCAUGGUGGAAGCCUUCCAUGAACCAAAGAAUAGAAAAAAAGGGUUCAAGUAAAAUGAGGAGCUAUAUGUCCAAUUCAUGAAGUGCAAUCGGUUGGCUGAGGUUUCUGAAGCUUUUAAAGUGGCUUACGGCAUGGUUCAGACCUUAUAAGAAAAUGCUGGAAGGUGUUUUCUGUUGGUUUCAAUUGCAAUCUGAAUUCGCCAAAGUUUCAGUCAAGCAUUUUUGGUACUGUUGUUCCUGGCAAGUCAUCUCAUCUACAGUUGGCUUUGCAAUUGAUGAACACUUGAGAGUCAAGAAAAGCGCACACAGGGCUUAAAUGUUCUAAUCCAACUGAUUUUGCACAUUCUUUAGUUUUGACUUGACACACUAAUAGUUUUUCAAAAUGCAUAUUUUGAUGCGUUGAGUAUCAAGUAUUUGGUUCUUGAUUUAGCCCAGUUUGAGCAUGUCUCUGUGUACUUAGACCUGGAAAAUAUUGACUUCCUUCUUCCCUCUUUCUUUGUUUUGCCAUGCCAGAUUUGUCUCAAAUAAUGGCUUUGUGCUA